AUGGCAUUUUCCGCCCAAACUCAGAUAGCAAGUAUCGGCAAUGCAGUGUGGUGUGGACGGGAGGGUCGAUGGGAAAGUGAGGGGGGAGGGGGGGAGCGAAGAUCGUUUUCUACCCUUGAGCGGCAAGUGCCCGAACGUCACCACCUUGCUGACCUUCGCACAGGAAAGACUGAAGAAUGCUUCUUUAGAGAUGAUGGUGUGAAGGUUUGUGCCCAGGCCCCUGGCUCCUGCAACGACACAACCAUGCUGUAUUACGUUAUGGCACAAGAGAGCAACAUCGGUCUCGACUAG